AGGAGCCAGUGGCGAAGCUGCCACCACCGCAACUCUCUUUUCUUUGCAGACAGGCGGUGGAAGCUUGCACCUUUGGUGCGGCCCUCUUCUCUUCCAGCAGAGAGCUUGGAUGUGGUCAUGUCAGCCAGAUUUGUCAAUGCCCUGGCCGGAUCUCACUGUAUUUUAGCAAAAGCAUGUCAGUGCCAAAGACUUGUUCAUCCAACAGGAAAACCACUUAAGGUAUUUGAGAGUACAACACGCAGCUCCCUGACAAGAAGUAAAAAUAUGGAUUUGUUCUUUCCUGAUACAGCAGCUGGUGGUUUGAAUAAGUCCCAGAUUCUGGAAAUGAACCAGAACGUCCCAAACACAAGCAUAUUCUCUGCAUUCAACAUGGCAUAUUGCCAAGAUGAACAAGCUCACCUUCCAACCAGGAAGUCUUUGGGUACUCACCGGAUGACUCACAAACCAAAUCGAUUAGGUCCUAAGUGGUUUAUAAAAAUAAUCAGGAGCCAUUACUCAUCUACAUCAACAGAAACGCUUGUUCCUAAACAAGACUUUCCACAAAUCAAGAGACCACUAAAGGCAUCGAGGACCAGGCAGCCAUCCAGGACCAACCUUCCAGAACUGUCCAUGAACGAGGACCUGAUGCACUGCACAGCGUUUGCAACUGCAGAUGAAUAUCACCUUGGAAACCUCUCUCAAGACCUGGCCUCUCAUGGAUAUGUUGAAGUAACAAGCUUGCCUAGAGAUGCAGCAAAUAUUUUGGUGAUGGGCGUGGAAAAUUCUGCAAAAGAAGGCGAUCCUGGGACAAUAUUCUUCUUCAGGGAAGGAGCUGCUGUGUUCUGGAACGUAAAAGACAAAACUAUGAAGCAUGUGAUGCAAGUUCUAGAAAAACACGAAAUCCAGCCCUAUGAAGUUGCAUUGGUGCACUGGGAAAAUGAAGAGCUUAACUACAUAAGAACAGAGGGACAGUCGAAGCUUCACCGAGGGGAGAUCAGGUUAAAUUCCGAGCUGGAUUUAGAUGACACCAUUCUGGAGAAAUUUGCAUUUUCAAAUGCUCUUUGCCUUUCAGUGAAACUGGCUAUUUGGGAAGCAUCACUGGAUAAAUUUGUGGAAUCUAUUCAGUCAAUUCCAGAGGCUUUAAAAGCUGGGAGGAAAGUGAAACUUUCUCACGAAGAAGUUAUGCAGAAAAUGGGUGAACUCUUUGCUCUAAGACAUCGGAUAAACUUGAGUUCAGACUUCUUGAUCACUCCUGAUUUCUACUGGGACAGAGAAAACCUAGAAGAACUUUACGAUAAAACGUGUCAGUUCCUAAGCAUUACUCGUAGAGUUAAGGUCAUGAAUGAAAAACUUCAACACUGCAUGGAGCUGACAGAUCUAAUGCGGAAUCACCUGACCGAGAAGAGGGCGCUCCGCCUGGAGUGGAUGAUCGUCAUCCUCAUCACCAUCGAGGUAAUGUUUGAGCUGGGACGAGUAUUUUUUCUAAUCAAGUGAUGACCAAAGGAAAAGUGUUACUGCAAGACAUAUUCAGGUUCUACAAUCAAGAAGUAAAUAUUCACGGUUGGGGGAAUUCUUAUUUAGUAGAGAGAGGGAGGAGAAACAUGGAGAGAACAUCGACAGGCUACCUCCUGCAGUCACCACCUCGCAGGGGAUUUGGCCCACACACAACCUGGGCAUGUGCCCUGACCGGGAAUUGAACUGGCACCCUCUUGGUGCAUGGGUCAACGGUCAAGCACUGAACCACAC